AUGGCAACGACGAAUUUUCUUCUUCACGAGCAGGCUGGUUCGUUUCCAACUAUAAGAACAGGGCAGCGACUUUUAAUGACGGGCUGUGAUUUUCUUGCAAUGACAGCAACUGGGUCUAUGUUAAAUGGCAAUGUUGAACAGAAGGCAGCAACUGGGUCUAUGUUAAAUGGCGAUGUUGAACAGAAGCAACAAGGACUCAUUAUAAUUCCAGUUGAAUGUGUUACAAGUUACAAGGUCAAGUGGGAGAUCAGAAACAGGGUUGAGGUGGUGGGGCCAAGAGAACUUACGGGUGCUGUGGAUCUUAUAAAUCACUACAAGUUGUUGCCUCACCACGAUUUCUUCUGCAAGAGAUCACUUCCAUUAUCGAUUUCAGAUACACACUACCUUCACAAUGUGGUUGGAGAUACAGAAAUUAGGAAAGGUGAAGGGAUGCAACUGGAUCAGCUCAUUCAGAAUACACCCCUUUCGAGAGAGACAAAUGCUCGCAUACAACCUUUUGACUUAGAUGUCCUCAGAGAAGCCUUUCAACUGAGGGAAACGACUCCAGUUGAUUUGUCCCCUUCAGAGAAGGGUAUUCCCACUAUAGCUGGAAAAUCUAAAAGCGACUCUAAGUACAAGGAGAAGAAGCAUAAAAAGCACAAGGACAAAGACAAAGAAAAGGAUAAAGAGCAUAAGAAGCACAAGCAUCGUCAUAAAGAUCGAAGUAAAGACAAGGAGAAAAAGAAAGAUAAAAGUGGUCAUCAUGAUUCUGGUGCUGAACAUUCAAAGAAACACCAUGAGAAGAAAAGAAAGCAUGAUGGAGAUGAAGAUGUUAAUGACAUUCACAGACACAAGAAAAGUAAGCAUAAGAGCUCAAAGAUUGAUGAGAUGGCUGUAAUAAAGGUUGCAGGCUGA